UGCGGGAGGCAUCUGCAAAUAAUUCGACAAUUUCCCAAUUUCCAAUUUACAUCAAAACUUUUAUUUGAAAGGAGAUUAUUUGCACAUCCUUACGGGAAGUCAUCCAUUUCGCUUAACUUUACGACCACGCAUCUCAUCUCAAACGUUAUCGUUGCCCCGUCCCGUUGCAAGGGGCCAAACGGCCCUGGUAGAGGUUUAAAAGGUGGAAGUGUAGGUCUGGAAAUUUUCCAGCACGCUUCCUGUGGUCCACUGAAGUCAGGAUGAAGACCUCCUCCAUCGUCGUCUUGCUCUCCUUCGGUUUAUCGGUUUCUGCUGUUCAUCGUCACGCCAAACGGCAGUUAGCCCAAGUUUUCUCGAGUUGUACAGAGCCGAACACUGUUGCCAUCACAUUCGAUGACGGUCCUUAUAUCUACGCGCGCGAGAUCAGCGACACGUUGACGCAACAAGAUGCAAAGGGUACUUUCUUCUACAAUGGCAACAACUGGGAUUGCAUCUACGAUCAAAACAUUAUGGACGACGUACGAUAUGUUUAUAAUCAAGGUCAUCAAGUAGCCUCCCACACCUGGCGACAUGCAGAUUUAGCGACGCUUAGCUGGGAUGAAGUUCACGACGAAAUGUGGCGCGUUGAACAGGCUCUCCAACGGAUUGUUGGUGUCGUUCCGGCGUUCAUGCGACCUCCCUACGGAAGCUACAACGACAAUGUCAGAGCCGCCUCCUCUGUCCGUGGUCAAUCUUUAGUAAUAUGGGACUUCGAUGCUGGCGACGGUGAUAAGAAACCCCCUGCAGAUACUAUCCGUGCCUACACUGAUACGAUUAACCAACACCCGAGUACUAUCUUGCCCCUCAACCAUGAAACUUCUGAAUCCACCGCACAUCAAGUGAUUCCGAAAGUUGUAAAAGAGCUUAGGGAGGCUGGUUACAGAAUGGUCACAGUAGCCGAAUGCCUCGGUAUGGACCCGUAUCAGAGCGUUGGGGAACCUGGUUAUCCGGAUGAAAGCUGGCAUUGCUGAGCCCAAGACCACUGGCAGAAGCAUUAUCAUAUAUAUUAUAUACCUAGUACAUAUCCACCCGUUUUUUAACAUUCCACUCGUUUCAUAGACUUUUGAAGGACUACGUUUUUUUGGCAUUUGCUACUGGUCUGUUGGUUUCAUACUCGGAGAACAAUCAAAUACCCUGUUAUUCUUUUGUUAA